GCCACAACGCCGCUCCCGCUGCCGGUGGUGACGCUUUCCGUAGACUUGUCGUCGACGAAGAAAAACAUGGCCUCGGUCGAGCAAAGCUUCUUCGACAACUGGGGCGCUGGCGGUGCCGACACGGCGUCGCAGGCACUGGUGGCCACGCCGCACGACGCGGACCCCGACGUGCCCGACAAGCUCGCCAUCUUGAGCACGCCCGAGGACUUGAUGGAGUACCUGGUCUACUUGAGCCUGCACAAGAAAUCCGUGGAGCUGGCCUACGAGGUGUCCAAGAACAGGCUCGUCAGCUCCGGCUGGUGCUCGGGCCACGACAUUGAGAACUUGAAUCUCCAGCGCGACUCGUCGUUGAGCCAAAUCGACUCGAAGUUGCUCCAGAUCGAGGCCAGGCUCAACAGCGAGUUCAACAUGUCGUUUCUCAACAGCAAGCAUAUGCAGCAGGUCAGCCCAACACAGAAGUGUGCCCCGAGAGCAGUCAUGAGCCCCAGCUUGAAGGACUUAGAAAACAAAUGCCUGUAUUUU